AAAUUUCUCCACCUUCCAUAUAUUAACACAGAAGAAGCUGAAGGAGGAGAGAAAAUUCGAGAUCUGGGAAUGCGAAUCUAGAGGAUCCGCGAAUUGAAGUCUCCAGAUCGAGAUAUUUCGAUCGGAUCCAUCGAGAGUGUGAAGAGAGAUCAGUGUUCGUGAGCAAUGGGCUGUACGUUUUCCGGGUUGAACGCGUUCUACGACGCCGUGAACAGCGGAGGAGACGUGUGGAUCAACGAGAACCGAUUCAGGAUCGUGCGGCAGCUCGGUGAAGGGGGCUUCGCGUUCGUCUAUUUGGUCAAGGAGAUCGCCGCCGACGCUUCCGCCGCCGCGGCCGGUGGUGGUCUGGCGAAGAAAGUAAAGGACCCUGCUCAUCUCUCCGCUGAUGGGACUUAUGCUAUGAAGAAAGUCCUGAUCCAGAAUAAGGAGCAGUUGGAAUUGGUGCGGGAAGAGAUCCGUGUUUCAUCGCUGUUCAACCACCCAAAUCUGCUUCCACUCCUUGAUCAUGCCAUCGUUUCGGUUAAGGCUGGGCAAGAAGGAUCUUGGAAACACGAAGCCUUCUUGCUAUUUCCUGUUCACCUCGAAGGAACCUUGCUGGAUAAUUUUACGGCAAUGAAGGCCAAAAAGGAAUCAUUUUCUACAAUCGAUGUUCUGCAUAUAUUCCACCAGCUUUGUGAUGGUCUCAAGCAUAUGCACUCUCUGGACCCUCCAUAUGCUCACAAUGAUGUCAAACCCGGGAAUGUUCUUUUAACCCAUAGGAAGGGGCAGCCUCCUCUUGCAAUAUUGAUGGACUUUGGCAGCGCUCGUCCUUCCAGGAAGCAGAUCCGCUCCCGACAAGAGGCCUUGCAGCUGCAGGAGUGGGCGUCUGAACACUGUUCAGCACCUUUCCGAGCUCCUGAGCUGUGGGAUUGCCCAAGCCAUGCGGAUGUAGACGAGAGAACAGAUAUCUGGUCACUAGGCUGCACCCUUUACGCCAUGAUGUACGGAGUGUCUCCUUUCGAGUAUGCCCUCGGAGAAUCAGGCGGAAGCCUUCAACUGGCGAUCGUUAACGCCCAGAUAAAGUGGCCGACGACGACCGGAACAAAGGCUUGUCCUUACCCGGAAGCCCUUCACCAGUUCGUGACGUGGAUGCUUCAGCCCCAGGCCACUGUGAGGCCACGUAUUGACGACAUCAUCAUUCACGUCGACAAGUUGAUCGCCAAGUUCUCCAAGUGAUGUCGUGGUCUCUGGCUUUAACAGAGUAGAGAACCCUACAUAAGAGAAGAUUGCUCGGUUUCUUGUUAAAGGCCUUAGGGGUUCGAUGGUUUGCUUGUGUCCCAAGUUAUAUUCGGAACCCAUUUUAUUUUAUAUUUAUAUUGGUGUUUAUUAGCCAUUUUUUUUAAAAAAAAAAGAAGCUGAAUUAAUAUUUUGGUAACGUAUGUGAAAACUAGGAGUCGUUUUUUUUUUCAAUAUGAACACCCAAUAAAGUUUCU